AUGCCAGGAGGGGGGCCGGUUAGAGGCGCGGACACGCCGACCGCUCUCUAGACUCUGGGCUGCCGAGAUGUGGAGCCGCGUCUCUGCCGUUGGGAGCCGCAGAAGCGGCGCCUGCCGCUGCGCCUCCUCCUACCCCUGGGGCGCCCAGGACCGGGGACCAGGCAGUAAAACACAGAAGUGCUUUAGCACUAGCACUGGAUUCUACAACAAGGAAGAUGAAUCUGCCACUUCUACAGACAGUAGUGGUGAGAAGGCUUCAGAGAAUCAGGAGAAGGCAACACCAGGAAAUGCAAAGAAGAAUUUGUUGAACAUUAUUAGUGAAAUGAAAGUAGAAUUAAGUUCAAAGAAGACGUUCCAGAUACUAAAAACACUGAAGACCAAGGAGCAAACCAAGGACCAGCCAGAAAGUAUGGAGAGUGCAAGUAGCAUGUUUCAGAAAGCUACAGCAGACAGUAAAGCUAAGAGGAGCAAGCCUCUCAAUCCAGAAUUGGUGGAAGCUGCUGCUGUUGCAUCUUCCUUACCUUUCGACAGGAAACAGACAGUAUCAGAUUUACUUGCACAACUAAGGAAGCAUGAAGAAGCCACUGAUGCACAGAAAAAAGGGGAAACAACUAACAUAAGCAACGUUAUUGCAGACAUGAAGAUUGGGAAACGCCGUCUCACCCGUGGUGUAUCCAGGCCAUCCAGUCAGAUUUCAUUUGAUGAUGAUGAUGGGCAAGGUGACAUGUUUCAAACUGGUGUCCUGUCUGAAUUUGCUGGAAGUAAAAGAAGAGGGCUUCACCUAGGAAGGAGGCUUAACAUUUUCCCUGUUUCUCCCACCGUUACGGAAGGGACACCUGAAGCAGAGUCUUCACCUUCACUCUGGGAUCUGGAACUUGCUAAUCAGAUUGCAGCAGUAAAUCAAAAGCCACCUCGGAAUGGGUUUGAAGAGAUGAUCCAGUGGACAAAAGAGGGAAAACUGUGGGAGUUCCCUAUUAAUAAUGAGGCGGGUAUUGAAGAUGAUGUUGAAUUUCAUGAACAUAUCUUUCUGGAUAAAUACCUAGAAGAUUUUCCCAAGCAAGGACCUAUUCGCCACUUCAUGGAACUAGUGACCUGCGGGCUUUCCAAGAACCCAUAUCUAAGUGUUAAACAAAAAGCUGAGCAUAUUGAAUGGUUCCGGGAUUACUUCCAGGAAAAGGAGGAACUUCUUAAGGAGAUUGAUGAUCAUGAGAAAGAAACAGACAUUAGUCUUGAAAAGAAGAGUCUAUCAAAGUAACACGUGAUCAUUUUAAAAAAACCCAUUGUGUCAGUGCAUAGUAAAACAUUGUAAACACCUGAUUUGAAAGAUGUAAUUGUAUGAACUUCAAAAAAAAAAAAAAAAAAAAAAAAAAAGCUAAAAUUUGCCACUCUUCUGUUAGUUUGUAUACACAAAAUGGAGGAAAUGGUCUGCAGCUCAUAGACUGUACAUAGCAAAAAUGUAAUUAAUUCUGCAGUACAAUUCCCUGAUUCACCAUUUAAUUCAUUUUAAGCCUAUGCAAAAUAACCAGGAAGUAGCUUUCUCAGAAUGGUCUUUAUUUUACUGGUUUCUGCUGUACGGUCACAGAAUCUUGAGAUGAAAAAAGGCCAGUAAUGUCGUCGACUCCACCCCCCUGCCAAUGCAGGAUUGUUCCCUGUUGAAUAUUAAUAUUUUGUGUGGUUUAUUUUUAAAUAUGCUAAUUUCUGGUGGGUGAUUCCACUAUUUCCCUUGAGAGACUGUGUUCCGUGGCCUAACCUGGUUUACCAUCAAGAAGUGGUUUUGGUUUUUUUAAUCUUCUUUCCUCUCCAGAAUUCCCUCCCUUCUGCUCUCUGCAGCACUUUAUUAUAUUAAAAUAUUUUACAUACAUAAUGGUAAUGUACAUGUCACACAUUGUCAAACUGCCACUCCUGCACUCUGCCUUUUAUCACAGUUACUUCUAAAAUCCCAAACCUGAGCAGCUUCAAACACCUGUCACUGAUUAUUUUAUUAUUAUUUUUUUUUUUAAAUCAGCCUGCCACAGAAAUGCCCUGGAACAUGUAAUUUAAUCCCCACAACCAGACUGGAUCAGAGUAGGCAAUAUUCAGUCCUACUCCAGUAUCUAGAUUAAGUUCUGUUUAUCUCCUGCACUGCAGGGUUAGAAAUGGGAGGUUCAGAUCCUAUCAAGAGGCAUAGCGUUCUAUUACUUUCUUGUUUUAUAACUGUCUUCUGCUCUGUUGUACUAUAUUCUGUGGUGCUCAGAUGUUCAUGAAAUAAGUUCCAUGUUUUCUCUUAGAUGAUCCACGUUUGCACAGUGCUCCAAAUCUGUUAAGCAUGUUUUAUGUAUUUCUUGCCCUUCAUGUGGCCUUCUAUUAUCCUUUAUUCUGCCUUUAACCCAGCCUCUAUUUGAUGCGGUCUAGGCUACAUUUGUCUGCUUUUCUAGCAUAUUUACAGUCUGAUAAUGCACUCUUUUGCACCUCUCCCCCACAUCACUGUAGGAGCUGUUGGAACUGGAGGUCCUAACUUGUUCUCCAUAUAGUCUGUUGGCUGGUAUUUCAGAUACUUAUUACUCCUGAAAGCCAUGAUACAGGAAGCAAUAAAUCAUGCAAUGGAGGCAAAACAUCAGCUUUGUCAUUGUGCAAAUCAAAUUACCUUGUGCCUAAUCACUUUUUUUGUUUUUACUCAGUCACAAAAGUGCAAAUGAAAGAGUCUGAUCACAUCUGCCUUUGAAAUCAGAAUUUUAUUUGACAUCCUGUUAUCUUGUAGGGUAUAGGUAAGCCUGGUUUCUUUUUUUCUUACUUUUUCUGCAUGCUGGCUCUCUUUUGAAGGGAAGUGGCUUUUAAAUAGGAGUAGUGAGAGAAGAGAGGUUCUAGUUCUGCAGAAAUCUUCAGAGACUUCCCGCUCUUGCAGCGAGACCAAGCGGUAGCUGUAACAAAAGUAUCUUUGGUGGUAGGUUUGUUUAAUUUUCAGCUUAGUGCCCAGGUGUGUUUCAGGUUUACAACUACUGUACCUUGCAGACUUUCACCUAGCCAGUGAUGCAUGGAGCUGUUCUAUGAGAGAGGCUAAAAAGAAAACGUAUUACUGCUUAAAUAAUUCAUAUUGGAUUUUUCCCAAAAAAAACUUGACAAAGUGACUGCAGCUACAGUAGCUUUUAUUUCACUUAGAAAUAAUUUCUUCUGGCUUGAGUCUAUCUUGACCUGCAUUUUAAUAUGGAAGGCAGGAAAUUUUCGUGGUCAAUUUUAAUUCUGAGGGGUUAGAUGGUUUAGUUGUGUAUGAGAGUACUUAAUCACCAGGUGUUACGUUAUGGGAACUAGACGAAUGUUAUCUCUUAGAAAAGAUAUAAUAGGAGCGUAGCACUUUGAGGAACUCUCAGUGGGAGCUGCAGGGUUUCAGCACCUUUGAAAAUCAAGCUGUGGCUAUUUAAGAGGUUUAAAUACAGUUUUGUAGUCUAACUGUAGGAAACUAGGUUGGAAGAUGUUGGUCUAGGUAUGUAUGUAUGUAAGCCUGAUUGGGAAUGUUCAGAGGAAAUCAGGAUAGUGCCAGUGGUGAUGCUUUUGAGUGUCUGUAUGUGGAGCUACCUCUCGUACCCAACAGAGUGUUCACAAUCGAUGCUCCCAGAUUCUUAACUUACAGACAUAAAAACUCUUUUGCAACUUAAAAUACAGAGCUUGAAAUGUUAGUCCUCAUACUUGGAUAAAACCACCUUUUUAUAUUGACUCUAUU